AGCGUGCUCCGCUCUUGAUCUUACAAGUAGUGGAUAUUGGCAUGAUGGCUGUCCUCUGAGAUUAUGUGCACAAUUUUCUCUGAAACAUGGCUUUCCUGUGUCCAGUAAGGAUCCGCAGAGGCAAGAAAAAGAAAAGUGAUGUCGACAAAGAUGUCCUUCGAGGUCCAGGCAUGGGCCGCAUCACUGGCAGCGCCUCAAUCGAAACUCUCGUGCGAGUUGGCAUUGAGAAGGAGAUUGGAUUUGGUCCUGACAGUAAAAUGAUCGUAACGCACGACUUCACACCCUGCGUUGACGACGAGCUUGAAGUCAAACGUGGAAACAUCGUCAACGUCCUUUAUCGGGAGAAUGACUGGGUGUAUGUAAUAUCAGAAAACAGACAAGAGGGAUUCAUCCCGCACACAUAUUGCACCCAUUUCGGUUCACCCCACGGUGACCACACGCUCAAUAAUGUGAAGAAGAAAUUGCCGCGGGACAGCAGUAAAGGUCAACUGGACACAUCUCAAGAUGACAUGGCUGUCAGGUCGAUGGCAAACUCUUCAAACCCGCAAAGUGGACAUCAAGACAUAUCAGUUUCGGACAGCGAAAGCUACGGAAUGAGCAAUAAGAAAGGAGUCAUCACUCAGGCGACGAGCCACAACCAGCAUCAAGUUAUUCGGGGAUCUCAAGCCUCAUUACAAAGCAUGGGUUCGUCGCAGCCAGAGAUCCAUCCUUUCUUUAAAGAUCCGGCUGGUCGUUACAUAGUACUAUACACGUUUAUUGCCAGAGAUGAAAACGAUGUCAGUGUGGAGAGAGGGGAAUUUGUGACAGUGCUCAAUAGAGAGGACCCUGAUUGGUACUGGAUAGUGAGAAGUGACGGUCAGGAAGGCUUUGUGCCAAGCGGGUUUGUCUACCCUGCUGAUGUUAUCCAAGCAUCACUCUCAGGCCACAUCAACCAGACUACAAUGCAGCAAGCAAAUAAUUUCCCCCCUCAAAACCCACCUCCUCACCACAGCAACCCGGACGAGCAUCGAUUCAGUGGUGCCGAGCUGGUUAUGCUAUACGAUUACAAGGCUCAAGCGCCAGAUGACCUGACUAUGCGUCGGGGCGACUGGAUUUAUGCUGAUCUACACAACCAAACUGUGGACGGGUGGCUGUGGGCCUACGCGCCUAAAUUGCGCAAGUAUGGUUUUAUCCCGAAGGCGUACGCGCGACCUCCUGCGAUGACCAGCCUUUGACCUGCCGUAUUUAUUGGCGCCGCGGACCCUCUGCCGAGGACCAAGGUGUGAACCAUCAGUGUCAUACUACAACACAGGAGGCCCGGCUGGCGCCGACACUUUGCUCUCCUUCUGUCCUUCUUGCCAUUGUGUUAAAAGGAAUGUUCAAAGUACUUAACUGAGUAAUUUUAACGAGUGCCUGCGAGAACAGUAUUAAUUUAAAAACAAAAAUCAUGACGUGUGUAAAAGCAGUAUUUUUUGAUGCAUUUUAAACAAGUGGAGAAACUGACUAUAAUAAUACUUGCUUUUUGGUUAUCGGAUUUUUAUCAUCAAGAGCAAUAUAUUUCUUUGAUAUUGUUGAUGUGUGCUUGCUUUUCUAUGGAUGGAGCAGCGUUGUUCAUCUAAGUGCUCGCACCCCAUAGUGCAUAAAAAUUUGAGAUUCUGAUGUAUACUCAUUUUUAAUAUUCAAUAAAGAUAAUUUUAUUAUAUUGAAAAUCAAUAUUUAUUAUCCUAAAUGCAACAUGUUUGUAUAAAUAUUCACCAUAACAAAACAAUUUUUACAACUUGUAAAAAAAUAAAAUCAAGCUAUUCAUCACGUUUCAA